AUGUCGUUCAAGCUAAACCCAGACGUCGGCCGUCCCGAAGACUUACUCGACUACAGCAUCCGCGUUCUUAACGGGAACCCGGCGGCCGCACAUUGGCGCCACGCCCCGGACGCCAGCUCCUUCGACGACGGCGCCGCUUUCCGCAUCAUCCGCGCCGCGGUGUCGGAACAGCGCAACGACCCGCAACACCUGCGGCGGACGGCCGGCGAGGUAGCGGCGCUGCUUCCCGCGGAGCGGUCGGCGGAGGCGCUGGCGUCGCUGUGGGGCCUGUUCAUCUCGUUGGCGCAACAGACGCCCUCGGGUAACAUCGCAAUGCUGGAUUUGGUGGUGCUCCUGGAUCAUCUUGCGCUGUCGCCGAAGACGGCGGCGACGGUGGUGGUGACUGUGGGGGAUGUGCAGCUCAUGGUUUGGCAGGACGGGUUCGAGCAGAUUAGUCGUCUGCACGGGUUGGAUAGAUGUAUCAGGGAGUGCAUGGUGUCCCCGUACGUCUCCGACGAAGUCACGUCCACCCUCACCCGCUGGAUCAACCUCAACGCCUUCGCCGCGCUGCUGUGGUCCUACAACCUCGUCGACGGCCGCGACCACGCCGUGCAGCAGCUGCGCUCCGCCUUCGAGGACCGGCGGUCGUCCGACGUGGGCGACCGCGCCGCGGCGGACGCGCGGGUGGUGGCCGCCGCGCAGUGGGCGGAGCACGCGUGCCAGCGGCUGUACCACCUCUCCGUGACAUCGUCAGGGGAAGAAACCACAGGGACGAAAGCCAAGUUGUGGCGGCCGGGAGCGCGGUUCAAGGGGCGCGCGGGCUUUUCGUUCCAGCGGUGGGAGUUUUGGCAGGCGGCGUUCGAGGAGGCGCACGAAUUUGGGAGCGGCGGGGCGGAGGCGAAGGUCGAGGCUGGGGCGGCGAGCGGGAUGAUGGAGAAGGUUCUGUAUGCUGGGUUUGAGGGGUGA